AAUACCUUUUGUAAUGAAAAACCCGGAUAUAUAAUCUCUCCCUAUAUAUUCUGCAUGCAUUGAGGUAGCCUCAACUCCCCCAGGGACCUGGCACAGACGUGGAGCCUGUUUCAGACAACUGUUACUUGAAGGAAAAAAGGAGCAAAUGAUACCAAGACAAGCUCAUAACAGAGAUCUAAUCACCAAAUGUGUAUGGAUGAAAAUACAGACAUUCCUCUUCUAAGAGGCUGCUGCUCCUCCCACCUCUCUGGCUGCCUCUGCUGCUCCUUCUUCCCUUGACCCUCUCCUGGCAGUUUGAAGCUUGUGGAUAACUUUCUUGAGGACUGGACUAAGCAUGAUUCAGCUCUGUGUGGCAGCAGCUGAGCAUUGUGCUGGCUUGACCUAAGUAUAAGUGUUGAAGUGAAUGGUUGAAGUGAGAUGAGUCAGAAAACGACUAAGGAGGGUCCCAGACUCUCCAAGAACCAGAAGUUUACAGAGCACUUCAGCAUACGUUGCUGCCCACCAUUCACCUUCCUCAACUCCAAACGUGAGAUCGUGGAUCGGAAAUACAGCAUCUGUAAAAGUGGCUGCUUCUACCAGAAGAAAGAAGAGGACUGGAUCUGCUGUGCCUGCCAGAAGACCAGCACCAGACGCCGUGCAACGUCCCCUCAGAGGCCCAAGCUCCAGCCAGCUGCACCCCCCGCGGUGGUCAGAGCACCAGCCAAGCCACGGUCCCCUCCGAGGUCUGAGCGUCAACCACGCCCCCGCCCAGAGGUCCGACCACCACCAGCCAAGCAGCGCCCCCCUCAGAAGUCCAAGCAGCCGCCGCGCAGCAGCCCCCAGAGAGGGCCAGGCACCAGCCGUGGGGGGUCCCCCAUCAAAGCUUCUAGAUUGAAAAGGAGGAGCAAGCCAACCCCACGGAAAAAGUGAGGGAGGAGUUUCAAGUGAAUGGACCACCUCAGGACCUGGACUCACUGCUUCUUGACUCACGUGCUCUUGGGCAAGUCACCUAGCUUCAAAUAUGGUGCAGGGACAGACACCUGCUGAUGUGGCAACUACCAAUGCCCACAGUCCCCUUGGUGCAGGGGCUGCCGGGCAGCCUGCCUGGAGCCCUUUGAAGAUACCCCUCUGUUGUCUUCUGACCUCUGUCACUGCCAAUGAGAAAUAUGUUGUCAGUCUACUUGUUCUUCCAUUGACUCAAGUUUCUUCAAUCUGAAGAUAUAUAUCUUUCUUCAGGGAUGCACACAAAAAAAUAUGGUUGUAUAACCAUCAUAAUGGCAAAAAUAAAAAAUUAUCAAGUUUUGGGAAAAAUUCUGAUAAGCCACUGAUAAAAAUUUAUAGACUAUUAUAAUACUUCUGGGGUACAAACUGGGGAUGCUAGCAAAAUAAGAUAUUAUAUAACUUAUGAUAAAGCAAUUAUAAUUCUAGGUACUGAUCCUGGAGAAAACUUGCAUUCAUGAGAAAAGGAGGCACACAUACAUCUAUUCAGUAAAGAAUUGUUUGCCAUUGGAAAAAAAAGAGAGAGAAACAGAAAGAAAUUAAAAUAAAAAUGUUCACUAAUAGAAUGAGUAAAUCAACAAUGGUAUACUUAUAAAUAAAAUUCUUAACAGCAGUUAAAACAAAUGAAUCAUAUAUACCUACACCAGAUACACAAAUUUUUAAGACAAAUGAAGAAUAUAAAAA